AUGUCUCCAGAUCCUUAUCGCGGUUUGAUCUGGGCCGAUGAGGUCUUUGGCCCAGAGCCCCGAUGGACCUAUGAGCCAGAAAUUAGCGCCAUUGAGAGAACGCUUCAGUCGCUCAGUUUGCCAAAUAUAUCGCAGGUUAAGUUCCUCGCCGAGGGUGCCUUCAACAAGAUUUAUCAAGUCUAUCUAGAUGACGAAACACUCAUCAUGCGCGUCUCUCUUCCUGUCGACCCCGUUCAUAAAACUAGGAGCGAGGUGGCCACUGUGGAAUGGGUUCGCUGCGUGACCAAUAUUCCUACACCCAGAGUUAUCGCUUACGACGCCACUCGCGAAAGUGAGAUUGGGUUCGAGUGGAUCCUUAUGACAGAAAUGCCAAGGAGGCCUCUGGCCGACUCGUGGAGAACUCUAUUCCUCGCCGUCCCUAAGACGGGCCAAAUUGUCUCUCUUGGAUUCCUCUGGGGAUCUCACGCCCGUCAGAAUGUAGACCGUGGCCCAUUUGCGUCUAGUCGAGACUGGAUGGAGGCUCGACUUGCUUUUGCCAGGAACGACUGCCAGGAGGUACUGACGAAGUACCCCACAGAUGACGACCUCGAUAGUGAUGCUGAGGACGAAGUGGAAGCUUCUACGAAGACUCUGGGACUCAUCGAAAAGUUGGAAAAUAUUCUUCCACGUAUCUUCCCCUCGAAUACCCAAGUCGAGCCAACCAUUGUCUUUCAUGAUGACUUGUCACAGCAUAAUAUCUUGGUGAACGAAGAAGGUGAGUUGACGGGUGUACUAGAUUGGGAAUGUAUUUCAGCACUACCAUUAUGGAAGGCCUGUUACUUUCCUGCAUUUUUACAUGGGCAGCCACGGGAGACGCAGCCAAACAUCGAAAUGUACGAUAAAGGAAAACCUCGUCCUGAUGGUGCAUACUGGGAACAUUUGCAUGAAUACGAAGCAACGCUCCUACGAGAUGUGUUCAUGGGUGAAAUGAGGAAGUUGGAGCCAGGUUGGGUGGUUAUCUUUGAUGCGAGUCAUCUUCAGAGAGAUUCUGACACCGCGGUACAGUAUUUUGAUAGUGGGAUUGUCCGACACGAAAUUGACAAGUGGAUUGAAGAAGUCACUGCGGGUAAUGAAAACCCCCAAAGUUUACGUGGCAAGAUUGGGUGUUAA